UUUUGUUGUUUUUUUUUCUGGGUGAAGUUUUGCUGUUAGCUGUGAUUCGGUUGAUCUCUGGGCAGGUAGUGUGUUUAUAGAGGAUGUGAGUAACCGAACAGUGAGUCAGGAAGAUGUAGAAGCUGUGACGUGACGCGGCGAUUUCCUUUAUUUUGCGGCUCCAACUUCCUAACUUAUAUUUUGGAAGAGGUUGUUUGACAUGUAGCUGCUCAUCCAGCUGCCUUUGUCAAACACAUCUAUUUCUCAGUCCUCUCCUGACCCUGAGCUUCUACUGAUUUGCUUUUUGAGGAUAAAGAUGUUGGAGAAGUUGUCACGUUGCUUCCCUGCGGAGGAGAAACUUCUUCCUCCCCGGAGGAGUCGCUGGACUUCAGCCGCUGUUGCUGUCCUCCUCCUCGGCUUGUUGGCUUCGUCUUGCUGGGCAGAAGAAGCCUCCUGUCACGGAGCCUACGACCUCUACUUUGUUCUAGACAAGUCUGGAAGCGUCGCCACCGACUGGUUCGAGAUUUACUCCUUUGUGAAGAAUCUUACAGACCGCUUUGUAAGCCCCAGUAUGAGGGUCUCCUUCAUCGUCUUCUCGGCUCGAGCAGAAGUUCUGCUGCCUCUGACUGGAGACAGGUAUGAGAUUGAAGAAGGUCUGCGGCGUCUGAAGGCUGUGAAUCCGGCAGGUGAAACGUACAUGCAUGAGGGGAUCAAACAGGCCACAGCUCAGAUACAGAAGCAGUCCAUCAAGUCGUCCAGCAUCAUUUUGGGCCUGACGGACGGAAAACUGGCGGUUUACGUCCACGAACUCACCGUGAAGCAGGCCGACGAAGCGAGGAAAUACGGCGCUCGUGUUUACUGUGUGGGAAUCAAGGACUUCGACGAGCAGCAGCUUGCCGACAUCGCCGACACCAAGGACCAUGUGUUUCCUGUCAAAGAUGGCUUCCACGCUCUCAAAGGCAUCGUCAAUUCUAUAUUGAAGCGAUCGUGCACAGAGAUCCUAACCGUGGAGCCGUCCAGUGUCUGUGUGAAUGAGUCCUUCGACAUCGUCCUCCGAGGGAACGGCUUCACGCCUGGACGCAGCAACGAAGGAGUCGUCUGCAGCUUCAUAGUCGACCAGCAGACCUACAAUCACAAGCCGAGCGUCGUGCGUAACGACUAUCUGCUGUGUCCGGCUCCAAAGCUCUAUGAAGUUGGACAGACUAUGGAUGUUCUGAUCAGCCUGAACCAGGGGAAGACCUUCAUCUCCGGCGCCUACACCAUCACUGCCUCCACAUGUUCGGACGGGUUCGUGGUGGCGAUCGUCUUCCUGGUGCUGCUGAUCCUCGUGGCUUUAGCCCUCAUGUGGUGGUUCUGGCCUCUCUGCUGCACUGUGGUCAUCAAAGACCCGCCGCCGCCUCCUCCACCGUCACGUCCUCCGCCACCUGAGCCCGAACCGCUGCCUAAGAAGAAAUGGCCGACCGUGGACGCUUCGUACUACGGAGGACGAGGCGCAGGAGGGAUCAAACGCAUGGAGGUACGUUGGGGUGAAAAAGGAUCUACGGAGGAAGGAGCUCGACUGGAGAAAGCCAAGAACGCCAAAAUUCACAUACCAGAAGACGUAGAGGAGCCGAUGAUCAAACGUCCACAACCGAAACCAGCCCCGACCCACCAGGCCGAGAACAAGUGGUACACUCCCAUCAAGGGUCGUCUCGAUGCUCUGUGGGCUUUAUUGCGGCGGCAGUAUGACCGAGUGUCCCUGAUGCGUCCCACCUCAGCAGACAAGGGCAGGUGUAUUAAUUUCAACCGAGUGCAGCAUCAGUAGAAGAAGAAGAAGAAAGACCUGCUGUGUGAAAAAGCAACGUGUGCUGAUCGCUGCGGACCAAGAGAAGAAUUUCAGGUUUUAUUGUUUUUCUGUUUGAAGACGUGUAAUCUGCAGCUGAAACCACUAUCUGUUCACUCCGCUUCACUUCCUGCCACAACGUUUCCUCCUUCGGCCCUCAGGAGCAAACAGGGUCACGUGUUAAUAUCCUUUAAGUUAUUUACCGCCUUCUCCUUGCACCAAAUCGUUUUUUGUUUUUUUGUAUUAUUUUAAUUAAUAAAAAUAAAUGUAAUUAAAAAAAAGGAAGCAGGAGUGCUCAGACUGGGUUAGCUUUUCAUGCGCACCAAAGGCUUUAACAUAUUCUGACCAUAUUGUGCCUUCUGUGGAAAAAACCUAAUUUCAUGGACACAGACGGAAGCUUAAAAAAAAAAAAAAAAAACGCAGAGAGAGAAGGGGGCUGUUUGCCUUUGGCGUGGAAGUUGGAAUAAUCCCUGCGGGCCUCGCAAGUGCAGAAGUCGGCUGCCUUUUGGCAACGUCUCAUCAUCACGACUCGUGUCCAACUUCAGCGGCGCCGGAUGCCUGGCGGCUGCUCUUUGACUGGCUUAUCUUGUCAUUUUAACACUGAGAAGUGCACACGCAUGACAAAUUGUAGACAGGACGCCCCAAGGUACUGGAAGACUUUGCCCUUUAGUUUUUUUUUUUAAAAGACACCUUCUUUUCAUUAUGCACUCGGGACAAGGGAAAUUAAUAGAGCGUUAUUGGACCGCGGGACAGCCUCCUGACCAUCUCCAGCUACGUUUGAGGGAUUGAUGCCUUUAAGACCUUGACAUGGCGCUUGGUGGUGGGGUUUUUUUUGCCCCUGUUUUUCGACGCAGUCUGCUCCAUGCUCACCAAGGCGUAGCGCGUCGACUUUUUUAAGAUAUAGAUUCCUCAGAGGGGGCGACUCACCAGCUUCCCUCAGCAACCGGAAUAUCAAAGUUUAAUUAAAAUAAUUAAAGGCAACAGCAAGCAGCAGCCUGUGAAGACUCGCCUUGUCUCUUUUUUAUGCCUUUUGACAUUGAAUGACCCAUUACAGGAAAAGGGGUAAAAAAAAAAAAAAAAAAAAGAGGCGGUGACGGCGCGCCAACGUCCAAAACGCAAACCCAAAGCAACGGAUGCGACGGACGGAUAAGUAUUGUUCAUUUACACAAAAUUAUGUCCACCCCUCCCCUCCUCCUUCCCUCCACCCCAACCCCAAAAAAAUAUAUAUUUAUGUAUAUUGUGGAUUUCUCAAGCGCGCUGUCACAACGCCAAUCCCAAAUGAUGUCAGUGCGAGCGGAAAAAAAAAAAAAAAAAAAACACUGUGGGGGGGCGGGAGGAGGAGGAGGAAAAGGGGGCAGCAGCUGAAGAAAAAGGCUCGAAUGAUCCAGUCACUUCGGAUACCGUACUUCAGAUGCAAAAUGGAUAUUGGAGUGGAAACCUGACAAAGCGCGCCGGCUUUGACGGGAAGCGGUAUAGACAAUGACCAGUGGCUGGGUCAGUGGCACGUCUCUGUGCAAGCAGGGAAGCUUAUCAAAUGACACUAAAAAUAAGUUCAGCAACCGUCAAGUUUGAGGGCGAGCGGCUCACAUUUUCGGGCGAGCGACACGACUCUCUAAUUAAUCCUUUGUUUCCUCCUUCGCAUCCCGCAAAUAAAUCGAAUCCUCGGGGUGCGCUGGUGUUUAUGUCCGACUUAAACGCUUCUGUGGCCUCUUGCGUAAUUUUUUUGCGGGGCUGACAUUUAAUGGGCUCAUCAGGAAAUCACAUCAUUAACUCCAACUAAUGCGAUAUCUACACACUGUGUCCUCUAAAAACCAAAGUGUUGAACUGUGCCUUUUUUGUACAAAAAAUUUUUUGUAUUUUUGUAUUUUUGUCCACCAAAUUUCUAGCCUCAGUGUGAUUUGCAUGCACUACUUCCUGCUUCCUGCUAAUUUAUCAUUUUUAUUAUCUUUUAUACUCAUGUAGCACCUUGAAGUCCGGGUUCGACUCGUACGAGCUGCACAUGUGUGCGAGUCGCAACCCAAAAAAAACCAAAAAAUCCUUCCAUUACAAAGCUCUUUUCUGGGUUUUACACUGUUUUUUUUAUUAUUUCUAGUCAUUUCUGUUACUGUGUUACACUGCAAUCUGUUGUGUCAAAUAUACAUGAGAUAAAAAAAGGUGUUUGUGUC